UUAUACAUUUGAAAAGUUUUGACGACUUUAUUGUGCCGAAUUUCAAAGUCGAGUACGCUGGUGUUUAGUGUAUCUCCUCGCUUUUUUGCUGAGUUGAGAUCCUAAAUAUCCAAAUUGUCCUUUGCUGUUCGGAACAAUACUUUAUAAUUGUGCUGCGGUAUCGUUUGUGCAAUAAUAAACCAUGAGACUAAAGUGUUGUGUUGGUGGUUGCAAUGCAACAAAUGAGACACAUCGACUUUUUGCAUUUCCUAAGAAGGAUAUGCUUAGGAAUUUGUGUGUGUCUUUCCUUGUGCCUACGAAUCCUCAUCUUCUCGGUCUGACAAAAGAGCAACUGCUCAGGAAACGCGUGUGUGAAAAACAUUUCGACAAACAUCAGUUUGAAAAGUUUGAAGGCAAAAGGCUUCGGUUUUCGUAUCCUUGCCUAUUUACGGAUGAUGAAAUAACACACGGUGAACCCCUUGCAGCAGUUGGAACUGUCCCACAUGCUCUGAGUGACCACAAUUAUUUUAAAGAUCAAGAUGAUGAGGAAGACACAAUGGAACAAACACUUAUCAUUGGAAGGCCAGGUGAAGACUUCCAUGAACAUCUGUCAUGCUCAUAUUCUCAAGUUGAGGCCUUCGUCCCACAGAAUAAAGUUUCAGACGAAGACUUCCAUGAACGUCCAUCAUGCUCAUAUUCUCAAGUUGAGGCCUCCGUCCGCGUCCCUCAGAAUAAAGGUGUGGUCGCAGUAGAUGAAGUCUCAUCAUCCGUACCAAAAGUCAUCGAAGAAGUUGCUCUGGAAAUCUCCCCGGCACAUACAGGUGUGGUAGUAGUAGAUGAAGGAUCAUCAUCUUUACCAAAAGUAGUUGAAGAAGCUGUUCUAGAAGUCUCCCCGGCACAUACAGAUAUCAAACCUACGUCCAAUUCCACCCAAGAGGUGCAACAAACACAGAAGCGUAAAGGUUCGAUUAUGAAGCAAUUAAGUUCAAAGGGAAGGAAAUUCGUUAAGAACGUGAUAAAUAUUGCGUCAUCAAGUUUGGGUCAGACAAGUGAAGAAAGACUUUCACAAGCUAAAUCCUAUGGAAGUAACGAGCAGUUGUUUAAGAAUUUCGACCUACUUAACAAACAGGCGCAGACUUUUGUGCUAAUGCAAUUAAAGCAAUGCCGCAACAACAAAAUGGCCAGAAGGUUCACGAUGAAGGAAAAACUUAUGGCUCUAAUGCUGAUGAAGCAAAGCCCAAAGGCAUACAAACUUCUGGAAACAAUGUUUGCAUUGCCCAAUAAGAGGACAUUACAUAGACUUUCUGAAAAAAUAUGUAUGAAACCAGGAGUUAACCCACAGAUAUUUUCUCAUAUCCGAAAUACCGUGAAACACUGGGGACAACAGCAAAAGUUAUGCUCAAUAGUAUUUGAUGAAAUUGCAUUGACACCGUACUUAACAUACAAUGAAAGUAACGAUCUAAUUCAUGGUUUUGUGGAUGUGGCUGGCGAAAGAAAAAUGAAGUUUUGUGAUCAUGCCCUGGUCUUUAUGGUAAGAGGCAUAUGUUCUUCAUGGCGGCAAUGUAUAUCAUACCACUUCUGCGAAGGAACAACAUCUACAUCCGAAAUGCAGGAAAUUUUAAAGCAAAUUGUCUCAGAAGUAGCUCAAACAGGACUAAUACCUUUAGGACUAGUUUGCGAUCAAGGAUCGACGUUUAGAACUGCGAUCAAAAGGUUCCGAGAGGAAACAGUACGUGACUGUAACGACGAAGCCAGUUCGAUAGAUGAUGGCACAAUCAACAUUGCUGGGCAUCAUUUAAGUAUAUUUUUUGACCCGCCUCAUCUUCUCAAAGGGUUGAGAAACAAUUUUCUCACUAAAAAUAUUAUUUGGGAUGGAAAGAGGGCCUCAUGGAAAGAUAUUCAAUUUAUAUACGACAUAGACAAUAGAUUGGGACACACAAGGGCCUUACCCAAAUUAACUGCACAUCACGUUGAUCCAGACAAAAUAAAAAAAAUGAAGGUCAGCGUAGCGGCGCAAGUGUUUAGUUCUCGAACGGCGGCCAUGCUAAACUACACAGCUGCGCUUAAUAAGCUUCACGCUGGUUCAGUCUCAAAUGACACCAUGGAAGCGACAGCUGAAAUCAUCGAAUUCUUUGACACCUUGUUCGACAGCGUCAACGGCUCCCCUGGCGGCACCACAAAAGGAAAACUUAGAAAAGCGGUUAAAAAAAACUCUGCGCAUCACCGUUUCUGGUUGGAAGCAAUUGAAAAAUUGAAUAAAUUGCAGUAUGAAGACACCAGUAGCAAAUUAGCUUUAAGGCAAAGAAAUCCUCGAUUGGUUCGAGUACCGUCUCUAGAAGGAUGGAUUGUAACAUUAUCAAGUUUCCGUAGGUUAUCGAAGAUAUUGUUUGACGAAUAUGGCGUGGAAUAUUAUUACCCUCGGUAUAUUAACCAAGACCCACUGGAAAACUUUUUUGGAAGGGUGAGGGCUCUCAAUUACAGGAAUGUAAAGCCGAAUGCAAAUAGCUUCAUUUAUACUUUUAAAUCAUUGCUGCUGUCCAAUUUGCUGAGCCCUCAUUCAAAAUUUGCAAACUGUGAAGUGGAUAACGGAGAGACAAUAUUAGACGCAAGUUUUCUCUUUGAAGUAGAUGAUGAAAACAAAGAAAAUAAAAGUCCAAACUUGCAUUCUCUCCCAUCCACUUCACAGGAUCGUCCAAGUGGGUCUAAAUUAGAUGAAAUAAAAACAAGAAAUGAAGUAAUAUUAGAAAAAAUGAAAGUACAGUGUUCCGCUUAUACCGCAGGGUAUUUAUGCAGAAAAAUCACAAAAACAAUUGACUGCCAGAGCUGCAUACAAACUUAUAUAAGCAGCUCUAAAGAAGAACACCACGCCUAUAUUCAAUACAGAGAAUAUAAAAAACUAAAAAACAAUAAACUUCAAUAUCCUACAGAAACGUUUUUAAAAUUAUACGGAAAAGCGAGUACUAUAAUCCAUAAUUACUUAAAUAUAAAUUGUUUUAAACGAAAUGUCGGUACUGACCUGAUUUGCAAUUUAAGUGAAUUGAGGAUUUCUUGGUUGGGAUGUGCAGAUCAUAAAAAUAUUGUAAAAAGAAUAUUUUUAAAAUCAAUCAUCAGAUUACACAUACACAACUGGUGUAAUAUUAUAAAUAGAAUUUUAAAGGGCGACAUAGAAGAAAAAUAUGCAUCCAAAAUGGAGGAACCGCAAAAAUUAGCGUAUAAAAAAUAUAAAUCACAUAAACUUCGCCAAAGAACUUUGAACAAAUAAAUAUUACAAAAAAACUUUGUGUUUUAUUUUUAAAUGUUCAGAAUGGUGUAUUUAGAAAUCCCUAUUGCAGUUAUCGAUGAAAUUAUCCCAUCACUAUUUAAUAUCGAUAUCGAUAUCUAAUGUCCACAACACUAUUAUGUCAAACUUGACAGCUUCUUCCACAGAGUAUGUCACUAAAAGUAUCACUACAGUGGCGCCACAUCGGAUCAAGUGAAAACAGGGCAUAAGUGACUGUCGUAUCUGUUAC